GUUAUCUUUCUCGCGGUAAGACGUGCAUCGAACGGUCGCCGGGUCCGUAUAUUGGUACCGAAAACAGGUUGUGGUGACUGGGCCCUUGCCCACCGAGGAUUGAAUGCUGUGCUGCUGCAGCAGCGGCGACCCAGAGAAUAGAAAGGUGAAAAGGAAGCAGAAGAAACCCGAUCUUUCAUCUCCGGGCCAUGUCCACGCAGCUUAGACGAUGAAGGAAAGGUGAAAACCGUGUUGAUGGCUUUCAUCACGAUCGAGAUGCCUUUUUAGUUAAUUUUUUUUUCGUUUCCUGCAUUGUGUCGUCUGGAAUGUGUUUCGAAAUUGUGUGCUGGCCUAUAUUUGCUCCGGAUCAGGAAUUUGCAUUCAAAUUGGCUAAUUUUGAAUGAAGCAUUUGCAGUGAAUAGCAAAACGCUGUGUCUAGAAUAAGUGAGAAUAUCCUAUGAAUCGGGGUUGAAAGGAGAAAUAGUUAAUCAACGUCCGUGUGUUCAAUAAGUAACCGCGAAAGGCGGAGAGCAAAAAGAAGAUUGUGCAACGUAAUCGGGCUUCGUGGUGUCCAAGAGUUGGUACGAAUAUAUGUGAGCUGUAAGUGCCUGCGGAGAAUCUGAUCCAAGUAUGACCGGGUGCAAAAAUUAUCCAGCAAAUGAGUUUCGAAUAACUUGUGGAGUAGUUAACGAGGGCAUAGUUGCUUGUUGAAUUUGCAUCGUUAAUAUAUCGUAGUUGUUCCAAGUGGUAGAUGACCUUGCAGAAAACUACUUCUUUCUGCAGUUCCUCGAGUGAUAUAAGCUGGAUAAAUAAAAUACAAGUGUACUGACUCUCAUUGAGCCAUACGAGUCGAAAUGGUGAGGCCAAAGGAAGCCCACCAUCGAAGAGGAAGGAUGCUGAUUCAACGACUGGUUUUCGCCAGUGCAGCCGCUUUGCUAAUUCUAGUCAUACCGGUUGAAUGUCAAAUAAUUAAUCGGACGCCACACUUCAUACCCGGAUCCGGAGAUAUGUCUCGCUUCAGUCUGCCGGAAAACACUCCGGUCGGCAGCGUUGUCUACCAGCUAAGAGGCAUUGACCCUGAGGGAAGCAAACUACGAUACAGUAUAUCGGGACCCGUUUUCAGCGUGGAUCGUGACAGCGGCGUCGUGCGGUUACGACAAUCGCUUGAUCGAGAGCUUCAGGACAGCGUGGAAGUAAUCAUCAGCAUAACAGACGAAGGUGUGCUGGGCACGGAACCAAACACCAUCUCGCUCAGGCGUGAAAUUCCGAUACGUGAUUACAACGACAACGCUCCGACGUUUAUUGGACGACCGUACAGCGCAACAAUGAGUGAGUCCACUAAACCGGGAAGCACCGUCAAGAUUAGCCCGGAAAUAGUGGUCACCGAUCUCGAUGAGGGCAUGAACGCAGAUGUUAAACUUUCUUGCUAUCUAGACCCUACGAAAGAAAACGACGACAUUUGCGAAGUGUUUGAAGUAAUGACGGAAAAGAUUGCUCAGGGGAAAUACGGAGCAACUAUAAUUCUGAAAAAGACAUUAGACUUUGAAACCAGGCCGUCCUAUAUCCUGACGAUCCAGGCCAAGGAUGGAGCUGUUACAAAUCCAUUGAAAUCGUAUGCUACUGUAGCCAUCACGAUCAUAGAUGUUCAAGAUCAACCACCCGUAUUCAUAAAUGCACCGUACUCAGCGUCAAUACCAGAGAAUACUCCUGAAGGGACAAUAGUUCUUACGAUCAACGCAACGGAUGGAGACACGGGGAGUCCUCGGCCAAUCGUACUUACUCUCGAAAAUGAAUCGAUGGGACAUUUCAAACUACGGUUUGUUGGAAACCCUCGAGCGGGAGUAGCCGAGCUUGUAACCACCGAUCGUUUGCUUGAUCGAGAAGAUCCCAAAAUAACUAAAAAUGGUGGAGCCUAUACCUUUUCUGUACGUGCCACGGAGUUGAUAAACAAUGAGGUUCCUGGAGAUUCCACAAGCUCGCAAAUUACCAUAGUCCUGACCGAUGUCGACGACCACAUUCCUGUAUUCAACAAACCAUCAUUUGAAGUCGCCAUUCCAGAAAACUUGGAAAACGAUACUCCCCUUCCAGAUCUUGCAAUUAUUGUCACUGACAUGGAUCUCGGAGCAAACAGCCGAUAUUCACUUUCCCUCAGGAACAUUCACAACUCCGAAGGAGUGUUUGCCGUAGUUCCAAAGCAUGGUGAAGGACGGACUCCCAUUGUGGUAAAAGUUGUAGAUUCUUCUAAACUGGACUAUGAUGUUCCGGAUGGCGACAUGCGUAUCUUCAUAUUCGACAUAAUUGCAUCGGUGAAUGGAGUGGAAAAAUCCAAAACCGAAGUAACAGUACACCUGCAAGACGCCAAUGAUAACUCUCCGAUUUUCCCACAAACAAAUUACAAGCUUCGAGUGAAAGAAAACUCUCCCAAAGGUUUUAGAAUUGCGGAUAUAUCCGCAAUGGAUCACGACACCGGCAUGUUUGGAAAACUCACCUAUUCCGUGAAAGGUUUCGGAGCAGAAUAUUUCUACACAGAUCCAGAAAAAGGUGGCGUGUUCGUAAAUCUCAACUUAGACUACGAAGAGCAAAAGAGUUACAGUUUAGCGCUGGUCGCUACUGAUGGUGGAAAACGAGAAACCAAUGCCAACUUAUUGAUCGACAUUAUGGACGUAAAUGACAACCAUCCUACUUUUGAGUCGUUGGAGUACACCAGGACGAUCCGCGAGGGAGCCAUAGAGUUUGAACCACAAUUCUACGUACAUGCCACAGAUCAGGAUGGUCCGCAGCAAGGUGGCGGGAAAGUCACUUAUUCUAUCGAAUCGGAAAACAGCAUUUCCGGACAUGUCUUCACGGUUGAUCCCGACAGUGGAGAAAUCAAGAUAACGCAACCCGUAAACUCAAUGGAUACGGAGCGAGGCCAAUAUGAGUUGAUUGUUGUAGCGACGGACCACGGAGUACCACCGUUGAAAAAUGAUACACGAGUUUUGGUCCGGGUGGGAAUAUCAGGCAAUCAGCGACCAAUAUUCAAAGGAUUGUUUAUGAAUGGAAAGAAUGAUAUCCCCGGUCCGCCAAGCUACCGAGUAAGCAUUCCGGAGAAUGCACCCGCCGGGUAUAAUGUCAUAAGUGUCAGCGCAACUGAUCCCGAUGGAAUAGAUGAUCUUCUGAUGUACAAAAUCGUUGGUGCCAGCGAUAAUUUUGAAAUAAACGAUCAAAACGGUUUAAUAACGGUUGCACGUGAUGCUCGACUCGAUCGAGACUCCAACCCUGAAAGUUAUUCAAUUGUCGUCAACGCAAUCGAUGCCGGUUUUCCAAUCCCUGAAACAGCUACUACCACCGUGUAUGUGAAAAUUCAAGACGUUAAUGACAAACCACCGAAAUUCACUCAACAGUCCUAUACGGCAUAUGUUUCCGAACGAAGCAGUGCGGAUACCGAAGUGCUCCAAGUUACUGCAACGGAUACGGACGUCAAUGCUAGAAUAUUAUAUUCAAUCGUCGAUCCUAUCACGGCCAAAUCUAAGGCAGGCAUUCCACUGCAUACUACUUCAACAUAUGACUACAAGACCGCAUUCCGAAUCAGCGAAGACGAAGGUGUUAUCUACGUGAACAGUACUCUGGACUACAACUACGCAGCAGUUAUAUCGCUCACGGUUAGAGCAGUUGACGUGAAUGCGGAGUACAACGUAGACAUGCAACAAGAUCGAGCUGAAGUCACCCUCUACAUACAGUCAUUCAAAGAUAUCAAUCCAGUUUUCAAAAACAAAGGGUGGAACACGGUUAGACCAAAAAUUGAGGUCAAAGUGAAGGAAGAAUCUCCGAUAGGUAGUUCUGUGAUGAAACUUGAAGCUGAAGACCCGGUGGCCGACAUUCCAAUUGUGGACUUUGAAAUGGUUAUGGCCGAUGUUAAUGGAUACUUCAGUUUGAACGAAAAAACGGGUGACAUUAUUCUGAACAAACGAUUGGAUUAUGAAACGAUCAACAAAACCCAUAUUAAUUUUGUGGUACGUGCAAUGACCAGUAACCGCAAAAGGCAGUCACUGGCCUACGUGAACGUUACAAUAGAAAAUGUCAACGACAAUGCUCCGGCGUUUGAAAAAGACGUCUAUAGAGUGACAGUAAUGGAAUCGGAUCGAUAUCCUCAUCAAGUGCUGGUUGUGAAGGCCACAGAUGACGAUGCUGUCCUGACUGAAAAGGAUGAGCUUCUGGGGUACAACUCCGUGUGGUACAGCUUAUCCGGUUCCCAUGCAAAUCUGUUUAUGAUUGAUAAUCGAACAGGUGCGAUCGCCAUAGCAAAGGGACAAACAUUGGAUCGGGAGAAGCAAUCGGUGCUGAAGCUAAUGAUCACGGCAGAGGAUUCGCCUGGGAAAACGAGCGACGCCAAACGAGGAUACACAGAAGUGAUCAUCGAUGUUCUGGACGUGAACGAUAAUGCACCCGUUUUUGGCCAGAAGGCGUACACGGCCGUCAUACCGGAGAACGUGUUGGCAGAUACGUUCGUAAUUGCCAUUACGGCCAAUGAUCCGGACGAAGGUCCCGGAGGAGAGGUGCGGUACGAUUUCCUUAAUGAAGGAGAAGCAAACGGUCUUCUUCAUAUCAACCCGAAAACGGGAGAAAUCAAAACCAAGGUGCUCCUCACCGGCAAGGGUCGUUCGGAUCCGUACGAAAUGGUUGUCCGAGCCCAGGACAGUGGAAGCCAGCUGCCGAAGCAGCGUUCCCUGUACAGUGACGUCACGUUCACUCUCUACAUAGGAGAUAUCAGUGCUAACGAUGGAAUUCCCUUCUUCAUCGCACCGAAAGUGGGACAAAUAGCUAAUGUGACCGAGAAUGCAACGAUUGGGGCACCAGUAUUUCAAGUGGUUGCUAGCGAUCCGGAUAGUCCUGCCACGCCAAGUGGAACACUGCGCUACCGUAUUCAAUCGGAUAUUGAGGAUGCUAAAUCGUUCCGAAUUGACUCGAAAACGGGUUUAAUUUCUACUACAAAGUCAUUAGAUCGCGAGACCAAGUCCAUGUACAACAUUAUCAUUGAAGUGAGUGACAUGGGCGAACCACCACAAGCGUCGACCAUUGUUCUUCGGAUCAACGUUCUCGAUAUUGACGAUCAUAAGCCAAGAUUCCUGCGAGAUGUCGAUGCUCAACCGACCGAAAUGAUGGUUCUUGAAGAACAACCUGCUGGAUCAAUUGUCGGUAAUCUUUCAGCGGUAGACGAAGAUAUUGGGGAUAAUGGUGCCAUAGACUACGAAUUCAUAGAUGGUAAUGAGUUGGGAUUGUUCAAAAUCUCGCGGACGGAGACAAAUGCCGCUAUAAUCACCACAACUGCCCCGCUAGAUCGCGAAAAAAUAGAUCAAAUUAGCUUAACCAUAAAAUGCUUCAAGUAUAAAAUUGAUCCUGUUCCUACAAUAACGAGUUAUAAUAAGUACGAUAAAUCGGAACAAAAAAUUAUCAUUCACGUAGUAGAUAUUGAUGAUCAUGUUCCUAAGUUUGAAAAAGAAAAUCAAACUGUUGGAAUCCGACAUAAUGUUCCAAUCGACACUCCAAUAGCACAAUGUAGAGCUCGUGACGAAGACUCAAGUGCAUCUCCUAUCUUCUACAGCCUUGAAGAAAUUGCAUUUGUUCCCCAGUUCUAUCGAAGAGAUAACCAUACUGAAAACUACAUUACAAUUUUCAAUCUCAACAAUGCCACAGGUGAAAUUCGAACAACACGAUCAAUGUCUGAUUAUGUGGAUGGGUUCUUCCAAAUGACUAUUAGAGCCAACAACUCUAACAUAGCGGAUCGCAUCACGGACAAUCAGAUGAGAAUUUUUGUGAUACGUGACAAGUCUUUACUGCGGUUCGUUUUCUCUAAACCACCAUCAGAUAUAAACUCCAUCCUGGGCAAUUUUGCCUCCGAACUUCAGUCACGUCUUACAGAGUACAAUCUCGAGCUUUCGAUCUUCGACGCCCAAGUGCUAGCCAAACCAGAUCACAGUCUAGAUUUCAGCUCCACCAGUUCCUGCUUCCAGCUUUCGCGACACGGUUCGGCACUUUCACCGCUCGAUAUGAUGAAAAUUAUGGACAGUCAAGAGAUGAAGGAUGCUCUGAUCGAAACCUACCUGAGGUAUUCCGUCCACAAGAUUGAUUCCUGUUCCGUAUCGAGAAAGCCUCCCGCGGCAGCACUGAUAGCAUCAUCUGGCACCUGGCUGGUAAUACUGGCCGGGUUGAUCGGGUUCGCUGCCUUUGCUUCCACCAUGACUGCGUGCUGCUUAGCUAAGAGAUACAAAAGUCAGAUCAGAUCGACGACAUCGACGCAGCGCAUUGCUGGAUCCGAUAUCUACGGAAGUGCUACCCCAGUCCUGUACACUGAACCCAUCUACGGUGCGCUUUAGUAGUGGAUGCACAAGCAAAACGCAACAAAUUAUAGUCUGUACAAAAUAAGUCAAACACAAGUCAUGAUUAUGCGAAACAACAAAAAGGCAAGCAUUUGCGUUUGUUUAGUACGUGCACAACACGUGUUUUGCAAGGCCAUUCAACGGAACUGAUGAAAAAAUGGGUAGCACGAUGAAAUGGUUACGGUUACAAUUCGGCACUCACGCGCGCUGAUAAACAUAGCUGGAAGCUACUGUUCGGCUGGCGUUAGCAUAUUAAGUUUUGACUAUAGCAAGAGGUAAUGCAGAAUACAAUUCGUAGGUAGGAUAGUAGAAAAAAAUCAUAUUUAUUAUCAUUGUUUUAAAGAGGGACGUUCAUGAUCGUGACUGUGAAUGAGUGCGAACCGAACACCACCAACAAAUAGACUAACUUACUCAUAUAGAAAUUUCAAUCAAACACAAUAAAUCUACCGAAAAUCUUUAUUGCAUGCAGCAUGAUUGCAAAGUGAGGAUUCAUUUGCAAUUUACGUCAAGUUAUUAACGUAAAUUAGCUAUAUAUUAGUAAUUUGUGGAUGAACUCUAACUGAGCGACAGAUUUCUAAGCAAAAUGUUAUGGCUGUUAUGACUAUUUGUCUGUUCGACUAAUACCAUAACCAAUGUAUUCAAUUAAAAAAUGUUCUGAACUAUGAACACAUCAAAUACACGACUGAAUGAAAGAGAAAUGUUGUUUGUAAAUAAAACUAAAUAGUUAUUGAAACGGA